AUGAUUAAAGGAAAUAAAUUCGACGUGUCGUGGAUAAUAGUUGAAGAAACCGAUCCGAAUACCUUACUACCUUGCAUCCAUAAAAAUCGUUCGCAGUUUUUGAACAAUGAAUGUAUUCAUUCAAAACGAUCGAUAUCUGGUAAAAAGAAGCAUACAUUUGCCAGUUUAGUGCAAGAAUUUCCAUGGCUUCGUGGAUCUAUUCUAUCUCUCCAGUCUCAUUCGUUAGCAUAUUGUGCUAUUCCGAAGAUUGCAUCAAAAAGUUUUCUUACACUCAUGAUCUAUGUUUAUAUUCGGGAUGCAAUUGAUCAUGUAGAUACCAAUUGGACAAAUAUUGUCGUAAAUAAAGCUCGAGCAGAGCAACUGAUUAAUAUACAAAAGCUGCACGAAGGACUUCGAAAAAAUGGAAUUCCGCUACCGGAAAAAAGAGAAGAGAUUUCUGUAACGUCAUUGAUUCAGAUUUUUCUUCACCUUCUCCGUUUCUCAAGUAUUAAUAGUACAUCACCGACGGUAUUUCUAAAUCCACAUCGAUUGAAUCUAAAAGAUAUUUUCCCGCAUUUGAAUUACAACAACACAAAUAGUUCGUCGGACAUACUCUCUCCAUCGUUUACUCGGGUACUGUUCGUUCGCCAUCCAUUUGAACGUUUGGUCUCGGCUUACAAAGAAAGAAUUGCAACGUUAGGAAAAGACAGAAUUCAACAAGAACCCUACUAUGAUGCCUUACGCAAAAUCAUCUGUUAUCGAUAUUCAAAUAAGAACCAAACACAGCGUUCCGACCCAAAACCCUACUCGUGUCAGAAUGUCAUUCCGUCAUUUAAACACUUUGUUCAAUACAUUCUUAAUGGUAUAGAUGAUCCUAGUACAAUUAUUCGAAUGGAUGCUCACUGGCAACCAUACACAACAAUCUGUCAAGUUUGCAAUAUCGGAUAUAAUUUCAUUGGUAAAUAUGAAUCAUUCAAUGACGAUUUCACUUCGUUGCUAAAGCGUCUCAACGUAUCCGAUUGGAAUACACAACAUCAUCUUGGUGCUUCGGAUAAUCGUACAGAAGAGUAUAGACGAAUGUACUCAUCUUUACCCAACCAAUUGAUCUGCGGACUUGUACGUUUGUACAAGAAUGAUCUACUUUUAUUCAAUUAUCAAAUUGAAGACUAUGUCAAUCGCACUAUGUCAGCUUGCUAG